AUGGUAAGUUUAUAAAAUCUUUAUAUAGUGAAUUGCCGGUAAGACAUAACGCAAGGGAAUUAAUCGUUUGCUGUAGCGGGGUUUUUUUACGUCCAAAUUUCAUUUAUUAUCAAAUUUUCUAACUAUGGCCAGGGCCGGGCAGGGACUUUUGGACUAAGAGCGGGGGUCAAAAACAUUUUUUUUUAAAUUCAUAGGGAGGACCAAGUUCAACUUUUUUCGAAAAUUUUUUCUGGAUGUGCCCCCCCGUUUACCCCUUUCCCCCAGCGCCCCCAAAAUUGACUAUGGCUUUUAUUAUUAUAGGUGCAGACAUAAACGACCCGCUAUUUUUAACAGGAAAUUACAGGAAAAGUACGGCGGGGUUUUUUUGCGGCACUUAAUAAAUUCCUUGUUCAAGCUUAAAAUUUUAAAAACCAAUUUUUUUACUAUCAAAGAUCAUAAUAAAGGGGGUUUUGCCUACAUGUAAAAUACGGCACGGUAAUUCUCUUUUUAAAUUAAAAUAAAAUUUUUCAAAAAAUUUUAAAAAGUACAAUAAAACUCCUAUAUAAACCUUUUUAGAAGUACUAUAGGUUAAUAAAAAUUAUUUUAGAACAAUAUUCAUCGCCAAAACCAGAAUCAAAACCCUCAGCAGCUCAGAAGAUGUACACCUGCCGAAUAUGAUGGUAAGAAAAAUAAUUUUUUAAAGUUUUUUAUUCUUUUUUUAGCUUUCUUGACAAAACAUUUACUAUUACAAUUUAAAAUUAAAAAAAAUUUUUUUUGUUUGUAUGUCGACUGCUUCAAAUGCCAUGUUAUGAUAACCAUAAUUUUUGAAAAAACAAAAAACGAACGGUAUAAUAACGUGCUUCAUAAGAAAUGGUCUAUAAUUUCCCACGUUGACGACGUUCGAUUAUGAAAACAAUAGGUUAUAAGGAAAGUAAAUAGUACAUACGUCAAGAUAUGGUCAUGAAAUUGGUCCUUUUAGUACAUUUGAUUUUGGUAUAAGAAAAACUAAAGUUGACCAUUUUUGUUUUGUAAAGAAAGUUCUUGCCAUAUUUUGUUUUGUAAAGAAAGUUUUUGUCAUUUUAAAUAUUGUAAAGAAAGUUCUUGCCACUUUUGCUCUGUAAAGAAAGUUCUUGCCAUUUCUUGCCUUCAAAAGAAAAUUCUUGCCAUUUUUUGUUUUGUAAAGAAAGUUCUUGCCAUUUCUUGUUUUGUAAAGAAAGUUUUUGCCAUUUCUUGUUUUGUAAAGAAAGCCACUCUAGACUUGUCAACAAAGUUCUUGCGUUUUUAAAAUCCAAAAAAAGCAUACACGCACUUAUGUUAAUAUUUAUUACUUCCUUCUGAAUUUGACAACUUUUUACAUUGUAAUUGCCCAGAAAUGGCCAUUUCAAACUUAAUAAGGAAGUUGUAACGUCACAAAGCUGUCAAUUCGAUUAGUAUUGGUCUAAAACCGACCACAAAGAAAAAACGAGCAAGAAGCGGCCCUUUAUUCGCAGCAACUCAAGCGUUCGACGCAACUUUUCGCAGUCAGAUUACAGUUUUUUUGAAGUUGCAGAAGUGUUUGCAAAUAUAUAAAUAUUGUUGAUAAAUUAAAAAAAAAUUUUUUGAAAACUCAAAUUUUUUAAAAUUCAUAAAUAGAAAAGCACGAUAAAAAAAGGUAGGGCAAAAACGCGCCUAAUGCAAAGCGAGUGUAGAAGUGGCUAUCAGUCCGGUGAGUUUUCGAAUUUGGUCCUGUCCCGGCAGCUACAUAUAGUCCCUGUCUUGGUGUAAGACCAAACUGGUUUGAUAGUCGCCCCUAGGCAAUAGCAGGACGAGGGUAUUCUACGGUACGUUAGGUACCUACAAAAGUUGUCACCCAAUAAUAGGAUGGCAACUUUUAUUGGGCAGGAUAGAAAUUUAAGUAUAGUUAGGGUAAGGCAAGUUUGGGUAGGAUAGAGUGAGGCAAAGUAUGAUAGCGUAGUAUAGAGUAAAGUAAAUUAUAAUAGGGUAGGUAUGGCAAGGCAAGGCAAGGCAAGACAAGACAAGGCAAGACAAAAUAAGUUAUAGGCAAGUAAAAUAAGUUAUAGGCAAGACAAGGCAAGGCAAGGCAAGGCAUAAACAUUAAUACAAAAAUUUUAAAAUUAUCUCUUUUUAUUGUCAAAGAUUUUUAAUUCCAAAUUUUUCAGAAUUCAAAAAAGCUUUUCAAUUCUUCGAUGCAAAUCACGAUGGUUACAUAACAGCCGAGGAAUUAGAAUUAGCAAUGAACAAGUGUGGGGUCUACCCAUCAAAGCUCGAGCUGACGUUGGUUAUGAGCGAAGGAGACAGGGAUGGUAAGUUACGAAACUUUUCUUAAAAAAAAUUUUUUUUAAUUUUUUGUGUUGUAAAAAAGUUCUCAUAAUUUUUUGCCUUGUAAAGAAGGUUCUCCCAUUUUUUGCCUUGUAAAGAAAUUUCUUGCUAUUUUUUAAAUUUCAAAAAUUUAGGUGCAAAAAACCAUUUUAUGCCAUUCUAUUUACCUCAAAGUUCAUGUCCAAAUAAUUUUACACACUUACACUUUUUUAAAUGCGUAAAAAUGUAUUUUUCGAACUGUGAAAAGUCAUAAAGGUCAUGGCCUUUAUAAAAACAAAUUCCGUGAAAAGAAAUCCCAGAAGAGCGUGGGAUAAUCAGAAAUUGAAAAAUAACCAAAAAACGUUUUUCAAACAGUUUUAGAUAAGGUUUGACGUCAGGAAAAGUUAAGAAGACAAACUAUUUUUAAUGCAUUUUAAUUUGCUUUUUUUAUUUUAGAUAGCAUUACGUAAUAUGGAAGAAACUUUUUUUACAAGAAGGGAUAUGAAAAAAGCAUUCUUUACAUAACAAAAGAUAGCAAUAACUAUUCUUUGUCGUAUUUUGCAAAACGCACUUUUAAUGUCACAAUGGCAAGAACUUUGUUUACAAAACAAGAAAUAGCAAAAACUUUCUUUACAAAAUUAAAAAUAACAAAAACUUUCUUUACAAAACAAGAAAUGGCGAAAACUUUCUUUACAAAACAAAAAUUUGCUAAAACUUUAUUUACAAAACAAAAAAAAGAGAACUUUUUUUGAAAAGAAAAUUUCUUGGUUUUUUGUCUUAAAAUAGGUUUCCUCGUAUAACAUUUCAUCUUCAUGCUGCAGAAAAUAUAUUCUUGUCGUAUUUUACAAAAUCGCACUUUUAAUGUAAAAAUGGCAAAAAUUUUCUUUACAAAACAAAAAACGGCAAGAACUUUCUUUACAAACUAAGAAAUCGCAAAAACUUUCAUUACAAAACAAAAAAAUUAAUACUUCUAGGAAACGGAGUAAUAACCUUUGACGAGUUCACCACGUUAAUGGAAAAUCAAGACCGCCGACUAAAAUACGACAAUCAGCAGUUGUGGGAUCAGUUCAGGAUGUUCGACCGGGUAGGUGACAAAUCUAAAUUGGACUUAUUUUUAUUGUUUGGGCUUAUAUGCCUUCACUUGUUUUGUAAAGAAAGUUUUCGCCAUUUUUGGUUUUGUAAGGAAAGCUCUUGCGAUUUUUUGUUUUGUAAAGAAAGUUUUUGCAAUUUUUGGUUUUUAAAGAAAGUUCUUGUCAUUUCUAAUCAUAAUAAAACUUUAGGACAACGAUGGCUUUAUUGAAAGAGAAGAGAUGACACAAAUUGUGAAAGAGUUGGCGCUGGGUCGGUUUUUCCCCAAAAGUGUCAUUGACAAGUUGUUCAGAGAAGCUGAUGUUGAUGGUGAUGGCAAAAUAAGCUUUGAAGGUAAGGUUUUUAAGAUUUUUUAAGUUUUUUUUGCAAUUUUUGAAAUUUUUUAAAAAUUUUAAAAUUAACAAUUUUUUUUAAAUUUUUUUUAUUUUUUUUGAAAUUUUUGCAAAAUCUUACUGUAAAGUUUCUCUACAGUAAUGUCUCUGUCAUAUUCACGACAAUUCCAUGUCUAAACCCUACUGUAAAAGUAAAUAUUUACUUCCAAAAUUAAUGUAAAUCACAAUAAUUUUUGCCAUUUUCAGAGUUUGCUAUGGCCGUCAAUUAG